AUGACAUCCAAAGCGCUCACUAUAGCUAGCACCCUCCGCUCGCUUGGAAACACAGUCCAUGGAAUAAGGCCACACCUCCUCCAACAGGCCAUAUCAGCCUGUGUCCUCCGUAAAGCCUACUUCGGCGUAGAGACGUGGUGGCCAGGCCGCACCCGACCUUUGCUCGCACUCCCCAACAUGGAAAAGAUCAACCCACUGCUUCAUCCACCCUGGAGUACAAAAGAACCUAGAGAAGCAGCCUUAAGAUGGGUCAGUGCCCUGUUAGGACGCAUAAGAGAAGAAGCAGUGGACAACUUCCAAAUACUCCUACAAUCCAUCCCCAAUAAUGAUAUUAUAAUCUACUCAGAUAGAUCUAAACUAGAAAAUGGCCAAACAGAUGGUGGUUAUAUUGGUUUCCAAGCUGGCUCCCAAUUCCUGCGCGGCUCAAUACCCCUCAGGCAUAAUAAAGAAGUCUUUGACGCAGAAGCAGAAGCGGCUCUUACUGGGUUAAAAGCUACAAUGAUACACUCUACUGCCCAAUGCUCACUAAACCUGUGGAUAUGCCUUGACAACCUUGAGGUUGCUAUCCAACUUCUCUCCUUAUCUAUAGGCUCCUCUCAAGCUGUCUUCGAGUCAUUCAACACACUUGCCGCUACCUGGCCAUUAAGAAGGAGACUCCCCCAAAUUGAGAGCAGGGCAGUCCAAAUCCGCUGGGUCCCAGGACAUGCUAACAUCUCUAGAAAUGAAGCAGCAGACUGCACUACCAAAGAGGGCGCGGGAAAAACCGUCUCUACCUCCUACCCAUGGUCAUAUGUAGCAUUUAAGCGACAUACCAAAUCACAAGCUACCUCAAGAGCACAGACAUAUUAG